UUCUAAAGAAACAGCCCCAAAUUAAACAGCGAAAUCUCGAAGGCCUUCUUUCAGAGGAAGCAUCUUCAAUACAAGCUCUGGCGCGAAGCUGCGCUUGCACCUGAAUCUGCACCAGCAACCCAGGGCUGAAGCUGAUAGUGAGAGACCAGGUUGGUGACUUAACAUGUCGUCUACGCUACUAGAGGUGACGCGGUCUUCGCACGAGGAGGUGGAGCGACUUGAGCGGCUUGUAGUGAAGGAGCUCCAAAAUGAACCUGCUUCCGGCCGGGACCGUUUGCUACAGAGUCACCGAGUCCGCAACAUGAUCGACACCAUCGUGUCCACCACCGACAAGCUCGUUGAGAUUUAUGAAGAUAAGGAUAAUGCAAGGAAAGAUGAGAUUGCGGCACUUGGAGGGCAAACAACUUUAGGAACCAACGUUUUUAGUGCAUUUUACGAUAGACUGAAAGAGAUUCGUGAAUACCAUAGAAGGCAUCCAGCUGCACGGGUUGUUGAUGUUAAUGAGGAGGAUGGUCUACUCAAAGAGGAACCACAAAUUGAGUUCAGUGGAGAGGAAGCAUUUGGACGGUAUCUUGACUUGCAUGAACUCUACAACCAGUAUAUUAAUUCGAAAUUUGGAGAGGCCAUCGAGUACUCUUCUUACUUGGAUGUUUUUUCACAGCCCCAGAAAAUCUCUCGCAAACUAAAGAAUUCAAGACAAUACAGGGAAUACUUGGAGAAUCUUCUUGCUUAUCUCACUUACUUUUUCCAGCGUACAGAGCCCUUACAAGAUCUUGAUCGUAUAUUCUCAAAGGUUGAAUCUGAAUUUGAAGAGCAAUGGAUUACCGGCACAAUUGAAGGAUGGGAGAACACUGUGGAAGAUAAUGGCCAUGAUCCUGCCCAGCUUAGUCUUAUUGAUCUUGACUAUUAUAGCUCGGUAGAAGAGCUGGUGGAGCUAGGUCCUGAGAGAUUGAAGGAGGGGUUGGCAGCAUUGGGGCUGAAGACUGGUGGUACAGUUCAGCAGCGUGCAGAGAGGCUUUUCCUCACUAAGCAUACACCUCUUCAAUUGUUGGACAAAAAACACUUUGCAAAACCGUCCCGGCAACCAGUUCAGAAUGGGGCAGCUGCAGCUUCACUACACAAUGAAAAUUUGAAACAAGUUGCUCUGAUGGAAGCAAAAAUUGAAAAAUUGUGCGAUCUUCUGGAUGAGACUAUCGACAGAACCAAAGACAACAUUGUUAAGAAGCAAGCCUUAACAUAUGAGGAAAUUGAAGCAGAACGUGAGGAGGAAGAGACGCAAGCUGAGUCUGAAAGUGAUGAUGACGAGCAGCAAAUUUAUAAUCCGCUCAAGCUCCCAAUGGGUUGGGAUGGGAAACCCAUACCUUACUGGCUCUACAAGCUUCAUGGCCUUGGUCAGGAAUUCAAAUGUGAGAUAUGCGGGAACUAUAGUUAUUGGGGUCGUAGAGCUUUUGAGCGACAUUUCAAGGAAUGGCGUCAUCAGCAUGGAAUGCGUUGCCUUGGUAUUCCAAAUACAAAGAACUUCAAUGAAAUCACAUCAAUUGAGGAAGCAAAAGACUUGUGGAAAAGAAUUCAAGAACGACAAGGAGUUAGCAAGUGGCGACCAGAUCUGGAAGAAGAAUACGAAGAUAAGGAGGGUAACAUUUACAAUAAGAAGACAUAUACAGAUCUGCAACGCCAGGGGUUGAUAUAAGAAUCAUGGACUUCUUUCUUAUCGGUAACUUCCAUCUGAAUUUCUCUCCACUCAAAACUGACUCCUGACUUCUAUGUCAACCACCUGAGGAAGAAAGGAAGAUAUAUCCUUCUCUUGCUUCCUUAUUGAAUGGUUUAGUAAAUGGGAUAUUUUCAAAUCUUUCUUUUUUAGGUUCCUAUUAUGGAUAGAUGGUCGUUGAGGUUUGGGAGAAGCACUUAGUCAUGUUGAUUGAAUGGAGAUUAUGAAAUGCUCUAGCCAAUUUUAUUCGUAGUCAGAUUGUAAUGCAUUUUUGGAAGCGAAAUUUGAGAAAUCACGUUCUAUCCUGAUUUAGAAAUGAGCUGAGAUUAUUUUGAAGUUCCUUUUAUGAAUUCGACAUGAACGUCGCCAUCUAUCUUUGCUUA